AUGUCACUAUUAUCUCUCCUCAUUCUCAGUCUCACUCUCACCUCAGCAUACUUCUACUUCAGCCAUCGUUCCCUGGCUUCCCGCAUCCACCCCGUCCUCCAUACCGGCACUCUCCCCCAGUCCCUCUCUUCAUCGAUCCUUUCCAUCCCCCCUGCCGUCUUCACAAACCAGUACUUCUCGCUCUAUAAUCAUGCCUCGCGCUCCGUUCCGCGCCAACUCCUCCCGUCACACAAUCUCCCCACUCUCUUUGUCCUGCUCCUCCGCCGCAACCUAACCGUCUUCUCGCACUUCCCCAAAGCCUGGAAACAGCGCUCCACCUGCUCCUGGGAACUGCGUAGGACCUUCCGUUCUUCGUACAUACAAUCCCUGGACUUCAACGAGGGCGAAGUCAUCUGCGGGGUCUACCGGGUCUUAGUUCGGAAGCCUGAUCGUGUGGAGUUCGAGAUUGACAUGAAGGAGUGCGAGGGGCGGUGGGUGAUUCGGUACUGGGAGGAGGGCGAGAAAGUGGUCUUUUGCAGUGAGACAGUUAGCUGGCGAUUGACCGAAACAGAAACCCCGAUGCCGGGGGAGAAUCGCAUGUUGCGGUUCAUCCAUGAGACAAUGGCGUGGUGGUUGUUGGAUUCGGGGGUGCGGUAUCUGAUGGAUCUGGAAGCGGACUUUGGGCCGGAGGAGGAGGAGAGGGAGGAUAAAGAGUUGGUCAAGUAG